GCAGUCUGUGUCGCUUAAACAUGUACAGCCCACAGUUCGCGAUCGAAAGUGAAAGUAUGUUUAAGGGUUGAAUCCUGUGCCCAGUGUAGUGCGGCACUAUCUCCGACGAUCUCACCGAAGAGAAGCGUCUGUUGAAGAGGAGCGUGUACGGUAAAAGAACAUGGCCUCGCUUGGUCCCCUCUUUAUUGUCACAGCCAUCUGUAUCAGUACAGGAAAUGCAGGUUUUGUAGUUGUGCAAUGCAGCUCUGAAAACGUGGGACAGUAUGGCCAGCAGUCAUUGCUGGAGUGUGUUGUCAGACCCACAAAAGAUGCAACUGACACACAAAUUCGAGUGGUCACUUGGAAGAAGGAGGGAGAUGAGGAAGCCUUACUGGUUUUUCACAAUGGGCAAACUACACUGCAGCCAGGUUAUAAGUUUGCGGAGCCAUCCUGGGACAACAAGAACAUGAACGUGUCUCUGCUCGUCACCAACACUGCAGUGAAAAACGCUGGAAUUUAUACGUGCAUGGUGGUGACAAACAGUGGUGAUGAAAAGAGCGACAUCAGACUGAAAGUCACAGCCAAAUACAGUGUACCAGUUAUACACUCCAGGCCUGAGAAAAUUACUCGAACGGCCGAUGGUACCCUGAUUUGUGAUGCUGAUGGUGGCUACCCACAAGGUGAAAUUCGCUGGUUUGUUGAAGACAAGACAGACUGGACAAGAAGCUCUAAAAUGGAGGUGACAGUGACAGAAAAUGGUCUGUUGAAGCUCACCAGCAAGCUGCCUUUGCUGCACGGAUCCAUUUUCUCCAAGUAUACCUGCGUAGUGUACAAUGCCAGUGGAGGCAAAGAAGAUGAGGCCAUAUAUAAAGUACAAGACCGACCAGAAGGGCAAGAAGGAGGCAGGGUUCUGGGGGCUCCAGCCUCCAAAAUAGUUGCUCCUGUGGUGGUCAUCGGGUCGCUGAUCAUAGGAUUGCUGUUGCUGCUGAUUUAUAGAAGGCGAAAUCAGCAGGCACGGAGGCACUCCACAGCACCCCUCAUGCGUGACCAUCGAGAGGUUUCUCAAGAGGAAGCAGAUUAUGACAGAGACAAUUCUCAGACAACAGAUAAAGAGUUCCCAGGUGGCCAGGUCUGAGGAGAUACUGCAUGUCACAUGAAAAUGCUUACUUACCAGAAACCCCUGAAAUCAACACUUCCUUGUUUGCUAAACUACUCUCUGUCAUUGUAUCUAUCCUACUGCAAACGAUAUAACCAAGGAAUAGUUUGUAUCACUGUGAUUUAUCAGAGGAAAUGUGACAUCUUCAUUUACCUAAUGUAAGCUUCCUAAGUAAACACAAGGUCGGAAUACAAUAAAUCAGACUGAUCAGACAAUCAGAAGCCAGGGAGUCCAGUUCAGGCUGUGAGACCUUAAAACUCUCAGCUACAUCAGGAGCAAAAUGUAACAUGGUAGAAGUAGCUUUAGGGUCUGAGUAUGUGUUGUGUGUUGGAGGAUAAAGGGUUUUUUAAUUUGUCUUUGUUCAGCCUACACAGUAACGGUAGCAUUUUAAAGGUUGACAGAGCCUCCCCUCUCACUUCCUUUUCUCAUAUUAUGUCAGCGGUUAUAAGGAAAUAUGGAUUCAUAUUCUAGGGAGAGGGGCAGGGAGUUAUGUGUGUUGUGUGUGUGUGUGUGUGUGUGUGAGAGAGAGAGAGAGAGAGAGAGAGAGAGAGAGAGAGAGAGAGCCCCAGCAAUAUGAAAAUGCAGCUUUGUAAUUGAACAGGCUGUUUUUUCUAAUUGAACUUUUUGUGUUUUUACUCCACAUGAUGAAUUUAUGCAGGUUUUGUGAAGAUAUUUGAAAAAUAAGAAUGGUCAAUAAGACUGCUGUUUCACUAUAUUUUUUCUUACUGACAGCAAAUGUCACUGGAACCCGAAAAUGAAUAAUGUGUUAGAACGUCUCAGUCAUUUUUGACUGCCCUACCAUGCCAGUGGCACUCAGAUAAAGUCCCAUGUCUUUCUACAGGUAAUGUAAAUUGUAAAAAGUGUGUAGAGUUAUUAGGAGAAAAAAAAGCUGCAGUAAUUCCCUAAACACUAUUUGUGUUUCUUUAAUGAAGAGACAUGUCACCCAGUGCUACUAACUGAUGUGUUUUUAAUUAUUGUCUUCCCAAAUAUAAGCACCUCCACUAUAAUAUGAAAUAUUUGUGUUUGAGAUUUGUAGACCAUAAAAUAUUCAGUCUUUCACUAGCCAUUACCCUUUUAGUGUCCUUGUAUGUAAGUUUCUCAUGGUUUUGGUCAGUCUACUGCAACUCUUUGUGGGGGCUGAACACACUUGGCAGUGAGCCUCAGAGUUCAGCCCCCACAAAUUUCAUAUCCUUUUUCUGGUCCCUGGGAAAGUUUACCAGAUAGAGUCCUUGUUUUAGUCCCGUGUGUCUUUCAUGUUUAUUUAUGUAACAUCUGGCCACUCUAUGAGUCUUUCAGUUCCACACUUCUCACCAUCACCAUCUGAAAGCAGGUCUCAGAAAAAUGGCUGUCCAUAUUAGAACAGUUAGGGAACAUGAUUUUUUUCAUCUGAGGUGUGCUUGGUAAUGGAGCAGGCCGCAACAAAAUGUUCUGUGCUUAAGAUGUCAUGUCAUCAUCUACCGCCACUAUGUGUAUAUGAUUAAUCUUGAUAUUGUAACACAGAGUCAUUUGGAUCAUUCUUUUACUUUUUGGAGAGAAAAACAACAUAAGUUUAAACAUUGAAAUAUUUUAAUUAUUUUUUCUGGCAAUUUAUAAACCAUAAGGUGCAUACAGUUUUGCAGAUGUUUUUAUAAAUCUGUGUAAAUUUAUAAAUUCUGUGUGUCUGUGUGAGUUCUAUGUUGUUGAUCGAAUUUAUACAUCACAUUAAAAGCUGUCACUCGGGUGUUUUUCUGAUUAGCACUGUGAACUGUGAUUUGUGAUCUUUAAAUGUGAUUAAAAGAGUUUUUUAAAACUGAAAA